AUGGUCGUUUGUAGUGGUGUCUUGUUUAGUCUCAAUGAUGCUAGGAUAGUAUGCAGAAUGCUCGGUUACGACGGGGCCUUGGAGGCGGGAAGAUUAGCAAGGUCUAGUCAUGGAUCUGGUAGUAUUCUCUUUGUCGACUGUUCUGGAUCAGAAGAAAGCCUCGUAGGCUGUUACGAUGUAUCUGAUGCAACAACUUAUUGUGAACACAAAUGGGACGCAGGUGCCAUCUGCUACUCAGGAGCAAAUCCAAACACAUUCCAAGUUCGUCUUGUUGGUGGAUCUAAUCAUGCUGAAGGCAGAGUAGAGGUCAUGCAUAACGGAUCCUGGGGAACUAUCUGUGAUGACUGGUGGGAUCUACGAGAUGUUACGGUGGUUUGCAAGAUGCUGGGGUUUGAUGGAGCUUUGGAAGCACCGAGGUCUGCAAGGUUUGGUCAAGGAUCUGGUCAUAUUUUGCUUAACUAUGUGAACUGUGAAGGAACUGAAGACAACCUAGCAGACUGUGCUCAUCCAGGGAUCGGACGGUACUCUUGUAGCCAUUUAAGGGAUGCAGGAGCCAUUUGUCUCCCACGAGGCAAUAUGGCUAUGAACAUGAUGAAUGGUAUGUAUUUGGAGUUGGAGUAA